AUGUCUUUGGUCGAGCUCUUGGGCAGCUCCUUGCUGGCGAAUGGCUGUGCGAAAGACACGUCCGAGGCCUUGAAGAAUGCCAAGGCUGUCGCACUGUACUUCAGCGCCCACUGGUGCCCUCCGUGCCGCGGCUUUACGCCAAAGCUGGCGGAGUGGUACAAGAAGGAUUUGCAAGCCAAAGGCUUGGAGGUCGUCUUCGUCUCCGCCGAUCGAUCCGAAGAAGAGUUCAAGGAGUACUUCGCGGAAAUGCCUUGGCUAGCCCUGGACUUCUCUCAGAAGGACGUCAGCCAGAAGCUGAACAAGAAAUUCAAGGUUAAUGGCAUUCCGAUGCUGGUUGUUGUGGACCCGAGUGGCCAGCUGAUCACGGCUGACGGCCGUCAAGCCAUCGCAAUGGAUCCGGAGGGGAAGAACUUUCCCUGGAUUCCGCCGAAGCCAUCUGAUCUCCUCCAAAAGAUGAAGUUGAAGAGCGCAUCACAUGCAGCAGAUGGUGUGGGUCACAUGUCCCUGAACGAGGCUAUGCAAGGAAAGAAGGCGCUCGCAUUGUAUUUCAGCGCUCACUGGUGCCCGCCAUGUCGUGGGUUCACUCCGAAACUCGCCGAGUGGUACAAGAAGGACCUCAGUGCCAAAGGCUUGGAGGUCGUCUUCGUGUCGUCGGACAGAGACCAGAGCCAGUUCGAUGAGUACUUCAAGGAGAUGCCCUGGCUGGCCCUGGACUUUGCCGACAGGGACUUGAAGGAGCAGCUAUCGCAAACUUUCAAAGUGGAUGGCAUCCCAAGCCUUGUGGUUCUGGAUGCGAACUUGGAAGUCGUGACGCUCAAAGGGCGCGACGCAGUGUCUGAAGACCCGGAGGGCCACAGUCUGCCGUGGUACCCCAAACCUGUGCAGAACCUGGCAGCUGGUCCUGGUGACAUCGAGGACGUGCCGACUGUGGUGGUUUUCUGCGAGUCCAGCAGCAAGCCGGAGCAGCAAGAGGUCGAAGACGCUCUCACUGCCGUGUCUUCAAAGUUCAUUGAGCAUCAGAAGGCUGCAAAGGAAAGUUCGCCUGAAGUGGCCUUCAUGAUAGCCACGAAGGACUCUGAACUGACAGGUCAUCUUCGCAGCCUGCUGAGCUUGACGAACGGUGAUGCUGGCAAGCCGUCUAUGUCCAUGGUGCUGAUAGACAUCCCAAGUGAUGGCAUCUCGACAUCCACAGCAGUUCCAGACCUUGCGGUGUUGCACCGCAUCGCGUUGUACAGAGCGCGCAUAGAGGUUCUUCAGGGCUUGGAAGAUCCGGAGAAAGUCCUCGAUCAGGCCUUGGAUGAGAUGCAGGGCGACCUCAUCAAGGUGAGGCAGUCUUAUGCCGAGGUGCUGGCGACGCAGAGAAGACUCCAGACCCAGAAGGAGCAAGCUGACAAGAUGGCCGAAGACUGGUACAAGCGGGCGGAGAUGGCAGUCGAGAAGGGUGAUGACGAGCUUGCCAAAGAAGCCCUGACCCGGAGACAGACCUCCGUAACCAAGGCCAACGACUUGGGGGCACAGAUCGAUGCGAUGACAGGGAACGUGGAGAAGCUCUUCGAGUCCGUCAAGGCCCUGGAGGCGAAGAUCACUCAGGCCAAAGAGGAGAAGGAGCAGCUCAUCGCGCGUGCACGCACGGCCAAGACGACUGCUCAGGUCAACGAGAUGCUCUCCGAUGUAACCAGCGUUGGUUCCACUGGGGCUUUUGACCGCAUGAAGGAGAAGGUCGAGAUGCUGGAAACCCGUGCAGAGGUCUCGCAGGGGCUGCUGCCAGAGGCGCAGGCGAGCGGCAGCCUUGAGGACCGCUUCAAGCAGCUGGAAGCCGGAAGUGCAGUUGAUGACGAGCUUGCCAAGAUGAAGGGCAAGAAGGCCUUGACUGAGAACAGCGCCAUCGAUGACGAGCUGGCAGCCAUGCGAAAGAAGCUGCAGGACACACAUUGA